AUGUUGGAAGAACCAGACAAAACAAUUACUACAACUAUUCUCAGUAUGUUAGAAGAACUAGACAAAACAAUUACUACAACUAUUCUCAGUAUGUUGAAAGAACCAGACAAACAAUUACUACAACUAUCCUCAGUACAUUGGAAGAAUUGGACAAAACAAUUACUACAACUAUCCUCA